AUGCCUGAUAACGUAGCUCAUGCACUCAGCGGCGCGGCUGGUGGCAUCGUUUCUAUGGCUUUAACAUAUCCUUUAAUAACUGUUAGUUCUAGACUCCAAGUUCAAAAGGAUAAUAAGGCAGUGGAAGCUUAUAAGGGUGGGAGAGACGCUAUUAUAAAAAUUAUAAAAUCUGAAGGCAUUAGUGGGUUAUACUCCGGGGUGAAUUCUGCCAUAUUUGGUAUUGCCCUUACGAAUGGUGUUUAUUAUUAUUUUUACGAGUGGACCAAGUCAAUGUUUGAAAAAUCGGCAAAAGCAAAACGCCCUAUAUCACUCAAAGAAUCUAUGCUCUCAGGUGCUAUAGCAGGUGCUUUAACUGCCGUGGUUACAAAUCCUAUUUGGGUUGUUAAUACUCGUAUGACUACACGUAAAGACUCAUUAGAUGAAAACGAAUCAAAUGUAAAACAAGCGAAAGCAAGAAGAUUGGGAACUAUUUCAACAGUUUUAAAAAUUAUUGAAGAAGAUGGGGUUAUGGCCUUCUGGCAAGGUAUUAUCCCUGCGUUGAUUUUAGUUAUCAACCCAAUUCUUCAAUACACUUCGUAUGAGCAAUUAAAAGUACAAUUAGAGAAAAUCAGGAAAUUAGGGAAUCUUGAUUUUUUCUUAUUAGGUGCUGUUAGCAAACUCAUUGCCACCGGAAUAACUUAUCCUUAUAUUGGUCGAUAUAACUCAGUGCUUGACGGUUUGCGAAAAAUUGUUCAAGACGAAGGGAUCGGCGGUCUUUACAAAGGGAUUACAUAUAAAUUACUUCAAUCUGUUUUAACAGCAGCAUUUUUGUUCAUGUACAAAGAAGUAUUUUUUGCGUAUAGCAUUGCAUUAUUGAAAUUUAUCAAUUCUAGACCUUUGUAUCUAGGUAAAUAA